CUCGACAAUACCAGCAGAGGAAAGUUUAGCUGAAAUCGAAACUGAAAGUGUUGGCCUAUGGCUUAAGGGGUGGAGGAAGCAGCAGAGGAGAGGCAGAAAGGAGGACAGAGGACAAAGGAAAUUGCUCUUAUCGGGAUUAUAGGAAACACACCAAGAUGCAGUGCCUCCGAGAUCAGGACGCUCUCAUCCCUCAGCCUCGUGGGAGUUUGCCUAAGGUGUUUGCUGCAGUGCUGGCUGCCAUAACAAUAGGAGGCAUCGUGUUUCUGUCUCCUGAAAGGUUAUUUGGCUGGGUUGCCAUGGUAAUACUCAUCCUGACCCUUGGCCCUCUGCUGCACGGGCUCUGCCUGCUGGCAGAGGAGAUGCUGUACCAUUCAAACACAAGGUAUCACGGUCGAGGGCUGCUGAGCCACAUGCUGCCAGCCUGUGGUUUGGGGGGGAAGACCCUACUGGCUGCAGGGCUGGCAGGCCUUCUGCUCUACCUGGCUGAACCUCCUCUGACACACGGCCAGUGCUGGAAACUCCUCUUCCUGGCCUCGGUUCUUUAUGCGCUGUUUAAAAGCCUUGGAGUUCUGGGUCCGUCGGAGGUGGAGGUGUCAGACAUCUGCGAGGGGAGGAAGAUGAAUGUGGCUCACGGCCUGGCCUGGUCCUUCUACCUGGGUUACUUGCGACUGGUGCUGCCGCAUUUGGAAGAUUCCAUCGCAUCAUUUCGUGCCACCCAUCAAGCCAGCUAUCCCUUCUGGGGUCGCGGCUCCAGGAAGCUCCUAAUCCUCAUUCCUCUCAACGCCAACAUCUCUAACAAGCUGGAGGACGAGGACAGCAACAUCCAUUUUUAUGACAACCUCCCGAACAAAGAGAUAGACAGGGCAGGAGUCCGGAGGCGGGUCUAUAAGCACAGCGUCUACAGAGUACUGGAUGAAAAUGGGAAGGCCCAUGAGUGUGUGGCGGAGUAUGCAACGCCUUUGCUGACACUCUACCAUAUGUCCCAAGAGAGCAGUGCUGGUUUUGGUGAGCCUGAGCGCAGACAACAGGUCCUGCUCUUCUACAGGACCCUGCAGGACAUCCUGGAGCACUCGCUGGAGUGUCGAAACCGUUACAAACUCAUCCUGCUCAAUGACGAGCAUGAGGACGACCCUCACUUCUUGUCCAAAGCCAUCCUUCGACACCUGCAGCAACAGGAGAAAGAAGAGUUCUGUCUCAACCCACCUCCUCGACAAGAGAUGGUGCACCCAUUAGCAAGUGCUUUAACCCCCCUGCCAAGUGCCCCGCCCAUAAUGGAUGACUGGCACCACGCAGAGCCAAUGAGCAGAGAGCCCACGCUCAUGUUCAGCCUGGAGAAACCUCAGCCUCUGAGGGAACCUGUUGAGAACACCGACCAUUACCACUGACAUAAGCAUAGGUACAUGCUCAGAGAGGAACUAUAUACUGUGUUCUUAUGAAAGUGAACUUUUAGGGAUUAGGCAUGUUAGCACACCUCUUGACAAUUAAUUUCAUUCAUCGAGGCAUUAUGUAUUCUAAAUAUUCAAUAAAUACAAAUGUUUGCUGACAAGAA